CGGCAAAUACGAAAAGGCGUGUAACGAUAUUUCCAGCAGCAGCCAAAAUACAAAUAUAUAGUGUACAUCACUCUCUCCCGCAGCGGCGCAACCUCUUCAACUUUCUUUUUUUUUUCACUCACAAAACGAAGGUUCUAGGGUUUUCACUCCAAUCUCUGCUCCUCCCAACUUCUAUUCUCAAUUUUUUUUUAGGAAAACAACAUUCUGAUUCUGACUUGCAUUAACAAACCGGCGAAUUUGAGUGUUGUUAAAUAAAUUGAGUAUAGCGAUUUCUUCAUGGGUUUGAAGAAAUCAAAAGAGAUUUCGUGGGCUUCUGGACCUAAUAUUUGUCAGGUUAAACAUUUUCGAGAAGAGGAUUGCCCAUCAAAAGUUGGUAGGGGAUCGCAACAUCAUCUUCAGUUACAAGGGAUGCUUUCUUACAAAUCUUUGGUUAUAUGGAAAUGCCCUCCCAAGUUUAAUUUGAACGAGAAAUGGUUAGUGGUUGCUGGUGAAGAAAGUAAAGAAGCAGGGAAUCAGGAGCAUAGAGAAAAGAGAGUGCUUGAGGCGGUUUAUCCUUGUUGGUCUGCAAUUCCUCCUAAUCCUUACACCUCUUCGGAUCUGGACCAAAGUUAUGAUGAUAACCAAACUCCGGUGAUCCGAAUCAUUCCCAUUGAAGAAGAAGCAGAUGUGGAAGUUUCAUUCCAUUUAACACCAUCCCAAACCAUCUGCAGCAAAUCGCCAGAUGCAUGUCUACCUAACAGUCCAUCAUCACCUGUCAGGAUAGUUACUUCUCAAAAGCUACCUGCUAAUGGAAAGUCGCUUCCCCAGUCUUUGUCAACCUUCCAAAAUCCCAGGAAACCCCAGAGCAACUCUCCUUUUUCUGUAAGAUGUCCUCCUAAUGUGCAAUCUACUCCAAAUUUUUCAAGAUGUCAAAAUUUGAAGGGAUCGGAGCAAACCCAAGUAUCUCCUAAACCACCUGGUAGUUACAACUCUGUUCCCCAGUAUGGACCGACAUUUGAAAAUAUCAGCAGUCCAGACCAGACUGAAUUUUUUCCAGACCAACCAGCUAUUCAAAACCAUGGGCCCAAGUAUCGAACAAUAUGUGAAAACCAGAAUAUUCCCCAGCUCAAGUCUCAAGUUUCUGGAAUGCCACCUGCUAUGCACAACCCUGUCACCCAGAACAUUCCUGGUUUUGAGGGUGAUUUGACAGUUGCUAUAGCCACAGCUGUAGCUGCUCUUGCAAAAAGUCAAGAGCAGGGUAGUCUGAUCGAUACCAACUUAUUGGUUAGGCUUCUGCACAACCCAGACGAAAUACUGAAGCUGAUGAAUGAACGUGGAAUGGCUACCAAUGCCAAAACUGGUGCUACAACAGCUGAUUCUCUCAUUGCUGCCAUGUCUAGGCCAGUGGAUCUACUGGUUCCAUUGCCUAGGGCAAAACUCGAUAAGGUAAUUGUCAAGCCUGUUAAUGAAUACCAAGCUCCCCAUGCAGGAUCUGGACCAAUUUUUGGGCCAAAGCCAAUGACAAAAUCUGUGCCCUUGACGAUGACUAGGCCUGAAACAUCCGUGAAAAGUAAUUUGCUUAAUGAACAAGGGCCCCCUCCUCAUAUAAGAACUGCAAACAUUAGAGAGAGUAAGUCACUAGCCCACCCAACGUCUGACCUAAAUCUAGAAAAGAUUAAGAAACUGAUUAACAAAUAUGGAGUAUCCGACAAUGUAGGAGGAAAGCCCUUGGUUAAUUCUGAGUUGGUUCCUUCAUCUUGUUCCAAAUAUGAUGUGGUUUUGUCAAGUGCAGACCAUCCUACCACUUUGCAGCCUAAGUUAUCUCUUUCACCAAAUGUUGGCCAUACAUCCCCUUUCUCCUCGUUGACUAGUCCUGCUCCUCUUCACAAGGAUAUCGAUUACUGCAAGUCCCUGAUCAAGCAACAUGGAGAAAAUUGUGAAUCUGUGGUUGAUGAACGCUUACAAAAUACCAAUCCUCGUGGUAAUACAUGGGGCCCAGGUUUGUUAAAGAACCAAAAACCAAUUCAGCGCAGCCUGGCGCAUUGUGUAUUCUUUAAUAAACCUAUGGGGUGCCGUAAUGGUUCCUCUUGUCCAUUCCUGCAUGAUAUAUCCGGACAAAAGAGGUCAGGGGGGAUGUUGGAAGCUCUGGAUUUAAAGAGAAUGAAGUAAUGUUGGGAACUUACUAAUAGGACUCAAGAGGUACCCUUUUCUUUUGUACAGGAAACUAGUGACAAAGGCAGUUGCACGAAUGUUUAAACAAAAAGCACUCUGUUUUGCCU